GACAUCUUCAAGACUUGCAGGCGACGUGGACUUUUUGUUUUCGCGAAUGUUCCUGUCAGACCGAUAAUGGUUUUGAUUCCGUCAUUCGUGGUCACACAUGCAACUCUGCCAGUCUGACAUAGACUUUGUAUAGCACGAUUUACCGUCUUCUAAAACUAGCCAACAUUCCUGUCAGUGUCACUGUAAGUUUAACUUGUCCGAAGUGAGUGUCACCCCAGCACUUGGACACACGAUGAGUGUUUUUGGUGUGUUGUUGGUGGUUGCGUGUGUGACGUCGUGCACGAUGGGGGAGAUGUUCACGGCCAUGGCCGAGCUGCAGGCGGCGCUGUAUGCAGAACAUGACGUCGCCGGCGCCAUCAAAAUGUACAUAAAGAGUGAGGAAGCCAGACUAAACAAACUGAAGAGAACUGCAGAAGAGCUUGAGUCCCACAGCAGCUAUGCGUUGGAGAAUCCCGAUAGGAAUAUCGCCAAUCCAGUUGAUGCUUUUCUCUUUGUGAAGAAGUUCACACUCGACUGGGACCGAAAUGUGGCCACCUUGUUUGAGAAGAACCGUACACAGCAAGAACUAUUAAACCGAAUUGAGUCGUAUCGUCAGGCUCUGCCGACUGAUGAAGAUUUGCUGGGAGCUGUCUCAGCUCUGAUGCGUCUCCAGGAUACCUACAAGCUCGACACAGCUAGACUUGCUCAGGGUGAUAUCAACGGAAUUCAUUCAGCUGAGUUGUCAGCUGAUGCUUGCUUUGAGAUUGGUCGUGUGAACUACGUCCACGAGGAUUACGUCCACGCCGAGACGUGGAUGAAGCAAGCAUUACGCAGUCUGCCAGGAAAUCCACUUUCAGUGUCCGGAUUCAGAGCAGAGAUACUCGAUUAUCUGUCAUUCACAGUGUAUAAGGUAGAUUGA